UGUAAUUCAUCGUUGUUAGAAUUUAUUAUUAUUAUUAAUAUUAUUAUUGUUAUUGUAAUUAUAGCUUGAAGUUGUAGGAGAUCUAAUCGUCUACCGAUAUAAUUUAUCACACACAUACACCUACAUUAUACUCGUCCAAAAAUGACUGCGUUGCCGAAAAAUACGAAAAGAUUACCUUUUAUCUCUGGUAUAACUGACACCUGACACACACACACACACACUGUGUGAAGCAGGUACCCAAGUUUCCACAUACAUACAUAUGAUAUUAACAGGUGUAUAUGCGCGAGUGCAAAUCGUCGGAAGUGUCAAGGUUGGGGAAGAAUGACGAUAUAUUUGCACGCCGUUGGCCGAAGGCAUUGUCGCUCGGUAUUCGGAGCCCGACGGAACGUCCGAAGUGACAGCGAAUUAUAUUUAAUCGAGGAUUAAGAUUCCCGAUAGUAUUGUUAGCUUUUUUCGUAGAAAAUGUGUCGCGUUUCGUUAAUUAGUUAGCUUUUAUAAGUAAUUUGAAAAUUUUACCUCCGACAGCGUUAUCAAAUUCAAUGAACAUUGACGAAUAUCUUGUGCAACAAAAGACAAUACUCGCAUACGCAGUUUUACCGUUGUGCAAUGCUCUAUUUUUAUUCUAAUUAUACGUUCGCCUAAAACUGUAAAAAUAAAUAAAUAAAUAAACAAAUCUGAGGUGAUGCGAACGUGAGUCGCCAUUGUUUUACCUCGUUUUAAAUUGGAAGAAUAAAUAAUUCGUGGUAAAUACAAUCGAGUCGGUUACAUGCAAGUUCUGCAGUGAUCCGGGUUCAUUUCACAGUCAGCAUACCGCGAGCCAGUUUCCGGGAAGUGACCCCAGCGACCCCGGAGGCUUUGUCGAGACUCGCAAGGCGGACUUGGUGUCUGUCGAGCUUACGAGCGCGGAAGCAGAGCUUUAAGAAUGGACGUUUUCGUAGACGAAGAAACAGGGGAAAGCCUCGAAAGCGUGGCGCUGCGAGGGGCCGGCCAGUCGCUGACUCUAAACUUCACCGAUCCCGAAAACAAUAAUCUCGAAACUGGGGAGCCUGAGGAAGACCCUGGAAACGGUCGAAUUGUUCGCCGACGGGUUCCCUUCCAGAUACCUCGUGCACUACAGAGGCAAGAUAGCGGAGAGGAGGAGGAGGAGGAACGAACGGCAGAUCACAUACAUCAAGAUAAUCACGAAUGUUCACGAGUAGUAAAACGGGUUUUAAGGCGAAGCGAACCAUUCGGCCAAACGAAUCCAACAAUGCUACUUAUACCCCUAGUAUUUUAUUUCCGUUGGGUAAUCGCGAUACUGAUGUGCCUAGAAGUGUUUCUUCACGUGUGGGCCCACCACAAGAACAAACACCUCAAAAAUGCGGACGUCUAUUUCAGAUCUCCGUUUCAUUCCAUCACUUCGGAAUUUUGCGCAUUGUGCCAAAGCGAAACGUGCAUGGAUAGGGUGGGAAAAAUGCAGGAGAUACGAGCAGGGAAAUUUUUACGACAGUGCAAUUACAUGAAGAGAGUCGUUACCUGAUUGACCCUAGCCACCUGAGUAAUCGUUAAACGGAAAAGAAUUCCAUCAAAACAAUGUUUUCCUGUAUACGUACAUAUAUUAAUGAUAUUCAUAUGUAUAUAUACAUGUGUACGCGGUACGUAUAUAUGAAAUUAUGUGUAUAUAUCAGUUCAACACUUAUGUUGCACCCCGCGAGCGUCUCGAAAGAUCGGAAAAUGUUUUACGUAAGUUCCGUACGUGAACAAAUUGUUCCGGUAAAAAGUUGCGUGCUUUUUAUCAACACUGUUAGCUAUACUAUCGGAUUUGGAACUUAUAUUCAACGUAAAUAAUAAGUCCUGCUCGGUUUAACGAGUGCGAUAAAUAGUCGAAUCCAACUAUUUUUACGCUUUUGUAUAACAUGUGAUUGAUGUACAUAAUGAAUUUCUUUUUUUACGCAGGCAUAUAUGUAAUUUGUGUAGAUUACGUGAGGCUGACGAGCGAAUGAGGUUCUGCACAGCUAUGAAAACGACAUGCUUUAGAAUUCAAUGCAACCUGACGAAAUUGUAAAUAAUUCAAUAUAGCCAUGAUCUUUGACUUUA